AUGAUGACAGAAUUUGGUAGUGCAAUGACUUUAGUCACAGGUUUAGUGGCAUAUGGAGCUUAUGUUAAAUCAAAGAGGCAAUCUAAUCAUUAUUUAUUGAAAACCAAUAACAAUUUUGAUGUAGAAAAAGAGAAUUUCAAUUACAAUAAUAAUAAUAAUAAUAAUAAUAAUAAUAAUAAUAAUAAUAGUAAUAAUAAUGAUAAUAAUAAUAAUAAUAAUAGUAAUAGUAAUAAUAAUAAUAAUAAUAAUAAUAAUAAUAAUAAUAAUAAUAACAAUAAUAUUAAUGUAUUAAAACAAACAAACAAAAAAAAAAAAAAAAAAAGCGCAAAUGUAAAUAGAAACAAUAAAAUUAAAAAAUAUUAUAUUUAA